AUGGAUUCGAUGGCCGAUCCCAUUCAGGCUUCAGUUGCUUUCGCUCUUGGCGCGGCGGCCGGAAUCCUUGAAGCUGGGAAAGGCUUGCAAGAUGGCGAAUCGGAGUCUCGAGAGCACCUCCCAGCUCCAACACCGACUGUGCCCGCACGGGCGCCUGGUGAAGGCAUUGCAAGCUCCCAUGCUUGCGCCGAACUUGGCCUGCCGCGCAGACUGUCAGUGCUUCAGGUGCUAGAGGAGCUGACCGACGACGAGGCCGUGUUUUGUGGGCCAUACUCCGAGUCGGAUGACGAAGCGCUUCCAUCCGAGCUCUACUUUCUUCAGGCAUGGGCACUGGGACCAUUUCAAGAGUCCACUUUGAGUCGACGCGAGCGUAGAGAGGAGGUGGCUCGGAGUGGGCUGCACCCUUUGAUCCAGCCCCCCAAUGACAUCGAAGGGGAGCCAGAGAAGUACGUCUGCAUCUUCCAUGUCGGUUUGGAGGAUGACGACGAGUUCUGCCUUGUCAAAAGACUCAUUGGCAAGGGCGGGCACAAUAUGCUGCGCAUCUCGACAGUGUGCAAUGCCAAGGUUCGUUUGCGUGGCAGGGGGAGCGGCUUUUUGGAAGGUUCCAGCCGUGAAGAGGCCCCCAUACCGCUGCAGCUGCACAUCAGCUGCACCUGCUAUGCAGACUACGUGUAUGCCGUGGACAACGCAGCCGCCCUGUUGCGGGACUUGUACAAGGCAUACAGGCGGCACAAACGAUUUCAGGGCAUGAGGCCCGAAGAGGUGCGUCUUCGUAUGGAUGAAGUCCGACCUAGCCUGCAGCCCGUAGAAAACGCGUCCGUCCAGAGGCCUGUCAAGCUGGCACGAAGUAGCGCAAGAGCUGCUUCGCAGCAUGCUGCCGCUGAGGUAGGUGCCGAUGAGCGACGGACGCUGAGGCUUGAGGGCCUACUGCUUGGCCUGCCGGACAGUACCCAGCAAGAGCUGAGGAGGCUGAACCACGCCAUGAUCCUUCAGCAGAUGGAGGCAGAGGCGGCAUCCAGACAUCGCGAGGCGGCGCGCUCUAAGAAAAGUUCGACGGACGAAGGUAGCAUGCCGAGAAAGAGCAAGGCCAACUACGUGGACAAGCAGAAAGAUAAGGGCCAGAACGAAGGCAAAAGCACAGGCAAGGGCAAAGGUGCGGACACGGGCAAGGCCUGGCGCAAGGUUGACAGCGGUAAGGAGAAGGGCAAGGCGCAAGUUCAGAGCAAGAGUGCUGUCAUGGAUACAGGCAAGGGCACAGACAAGGGAAAGGAGAGCGAGGUCAGGGUGCCGGCACGGGACAAAUGCAUCAAGGGCGAUGGCAAGGUCAAAGGCAAAGGCCUGGGCAAGGGUGAGAUCCACUGUGAGGACAUCGCGGACACGGACGAAGAAGAGGACGCGACUGCAAGCCUACAAAAGACGCUUCAGCCGUAUACGGCGACGACUUCUCGAGCAUCGCCGAGGACUCCUGAAGCCACCCCGCCUCGAAGGAAGCUGACCAGUGACAUGGAGCCGCCAUCGCCAGUGUCCACAGCCCCAACCGCAGAGCAUUUGCCAGCGUCUCCCGGCAAGGGUUCGUGUCUGUCAGCAGGCAGUGCAUGUGCCUCCCCAGAACCGUCAGAACCCAUGUCGGCCUCGUUGAACGAGAGGGACGCGGAGAGUUUGUUCAAGCCUACAAGGCAGCAGAGACCAAACACGGGAGGAGCCACGGAUGCAGAGGGACCACCGGCCGAGCUGUCAGAUGUUGGAUGGGCAGCUCCGGAAAAGGCGCCGCAUGGGUCAGAGGUUUCCUCGAAGCAGGACCUCAUCGACCUGGUUGAACCUUGGGUGCAGAAAGCGGAGGGCCAAUGGAGUGGCAGCGUUUCGACAGAGGUGUCGGCACUUUCAGCUACAAGGUCACCCAACUUGCAACUGGAUGGGGCCGAGCUCAACUCAAAGGAAAGCUUGAUAUGA